AUGAUACGGCAGUUAAUAGAAUUGUAUGAAUCCCAUUCCAAUUUGUGGGACUGCUCUUCCGAAAGGUACAAAAACCGAAAUCUGAGGAAAUCAGCUAUGGAUGAAAUUGCAAGCAAGUUGGGAGUUUCGGCUCACGACGUUAAGGAAAAAAUACAUAACCUACGUUGUCAAUUUCAAACCAUAAACAGAAAACGCAAAAAUACCAAAAGUGGCCAGGCAGCGGGAGACAAUUUUGAGGUUAAAUGGGAAUUUUAUGAUGCCUUAAAAUUCAUAGACGGUCCAACCAAUAUUAAUGAAAGAACAAUACCUGAUUCAUUGACUAACGAACCACCUACUGUCCUAAGAGAUGACCUAGACGAAAAUUCUGAGAGUAGCGAAUCUCAUAUUCAAGGUGUUAUAACUGAAGGAAACAAUUCACAAACUCCAAGCACAUCACGUUCUAAUACGCCGCUUCAAACAUCACAUGAUGUCACACCGAGUUCAUCAAGAUCUUCCUCGGUACAACCAAAAUUAAACAAAAAGAAAGACCAAGAGGAACAAGUUGUACUUGACAAAUGCAUCAAUGUUCUAUCACACUCAGCAGACUCCUUUGAAGUCUUUGGGGAUUAUGUGGCUGACGAACUGCGGGUUAUGAGUUCGAAAGCUCCAAAGCUGCAGUCCUGGGCGAAGCGAGAAAUUCAGCGUAUUAUCUUGAAAAUGAACGAUGACUAUGAGCUCCAAUUAUAGCAAAAUACAGUAACAUCACAACAGCAACCCAUAAAUAAACAGAUAAUCAUAAAUCAGUCCAUAGAACAGACACCGCUCAAUAAUGAAAUUCCAAAUAAUGAUGGUGAUGAUUUAACUCUUUCCCAAUAUUACGAGUCAUGUACAUCUAAUUACUUCAAAAUGUAAAGUAAUGGUUUAAUAAAACAAAGCUUCA